AACUGCGUCGCAGCGAGCGUUGGCAGAAUAAGAAACGGUUGGAAGAGAAAAGAGGAACCAUUUUUUUCUACCACGCUUGAAGACAGGUUGUUCUUUUUAACAGCGGUGAAAUUAUAAGUAUUUAACUGAACUAUAAAAACGGUAGGUUUGAUCAAAUGAUCUCCAAGUUGAAUUAACCGCGGUGAAGUCGGAGUUGCGCGUUCAUAGGGAGUGAAGCAUAGCAGAACCCCGCGAAGUAGUUAGUCGUUACGUCGAUUUGAAACGAAAAAAAACCAAUCUUUGAGCAGUUGAGAAACGAAUCGCUGCUCCAGAGACUUUUUUUCACGUCCGAACAUUCUCAAAGAUUGCUUUGAUGGAGGAUUUAUGUAAGCGUAAAUGCGGAGCCUGCGCCCUUGCCGAUGAUCCCGAUGUAGAAAUGAUUUCAUGCCGUAAAUGUGACGUGCCGUUUCAUCCGAAGUGUACCAAUGUUCCACCAGGAGUUUCCAUAAGUAAGUGGAAGUGCUACACUUGCUCGACAGGUCUCCUGUUACCGUCAGAUACUGUUUCUGUAGCAACUGAUGCUACGAAGAAGAAGAGUUCCAAAAUUAAGCCAGAUGACAUUUUUGAAAAGCCGAAUACACGUAGUAAAGCCACUGCUAUCCUCGGGGGAACCAAAAAGAAUGAGCCGACGAGUGAGAAAGGUGCAGAUGGUCGUACUACGCCAAAACGGAGUCCGGGUGUUCCAAAGCCAAAUACCUUUGACAAGAUGUCGAUUAAGUCGAAUAUUUCCAGUGCUCGAGCCCGCGCACAAUUAGCGCUGCAGCGUUUGGAAGCCGAACAACGGUUGGAGAAGCAAAAAUUGAAAGAAGAGCGACGACAAUUGGAAGAAGAAAAGGCGAUGAGAAAGAAGGAACAGGCACUGCGGAAGAAAGAGCUUGAUCUGCUAGAGCGAUCGUUGAACGAGAAAUACAAUUUGGAAGAGCAGAUUGCAGAAGAAGGAGGUAGCUUCAAGGGCUCGGCUAUGAGCCUGGCGGGAGACUGGCGAAAAACGAAAGACUGGCUUGAUAAACAACCAGAUACGAAAGCAAAAAGAUAUUUUGAGAAAACCGUUGCCGAAGAAAAUGCUGCAUAUGAAGAUUCCGAAGAUGAAACUAUAGCCGACGAAGAAAAAACCGAAGAUGGCUCUUGGGUCCCAAGCGAAAUCGAAAGUGAUGUUGCAUCAUCGGUCGGAGAGCCUGACAUACAACCACACCAAGAAGAACGCCGCCGAAAUCCUCGUAGUUUUCAUCCUGAAAAUCCUCAGCAUGCCGUGAGACACACGACACACGGGGUGGGGCCUAGUUCAAAUCAGUUGGCAGCCAGGCAAAUCUGGCCGAAAAAGCUACCGAUAUUUUCGGGUGACCCUGAGGAGUGGCCGAUGUUCAACAGUAGCUUCGAAACCGGAAACACAGCGUGUGGUUUCACAGAGGUUGAGAACCUUAUCCGGUUGCGAGAAAGCUUACAAGGACAAGCGCGAGAAGCGGUAGUUACGAAAUUGAUGUUUCCUCACUGUGUACCCCAAAUCAUGGAGACGCUGCGUCGCCUAUACGGAAGACCAGAGCUUCUGGUAAGAUACUUACUUGGUAAAGUCCGGCAACUGGAAGCGCCCAAGCCGGAGCGAUUGGACACCAUAAUGAAUUUUGGGAUGGCGGUUCAGCAAUUGUGCGACCAUUUAGAAGCAGCUAAUUUGCGUGGACAUUUGUCAAACCCAACAUUGCUUGAGGAGCUCAUAGAAAAGCUACCUGCAUCCAUAAAGCUGGAUUGGGUCCGGUACAAACGAAAGUUCGUUGAACCCUCGCUAAAGGAAUUCGGUAGGUUCAUGGAGAGGCUGGUCGAGGACGCUAGUGAGGUUACUUCAAUUGUGAAGCCUAAGCAGUGCAACAAGGCAGAAAAAGGCCGGCCAAAGGAAAAGGGACACUGCAACACUCACACCGAUGAAUCCAAAUCUUCCGAGUCAUCCAAGACACGUACUCCUUGUCCGAUAUGCGGUAAGGAUGACCACAGAGUAAGAAACUGCGAGAAAUUUGAACAAAUGAGCCUGGACACUCGUAUGCAAGCUGUGAAACAGCAUAAACUAUGCGAGACAUGUCUUUACGGUCACGGUACAUGGAGAUGCCGUUCAAGAAUCCACUGUAACAUUGGAAGUUGUGGCAAACGCCAUCAUCCAUUACUCCACGAGGCAACUGUAGUAGCUACUCGUGUGGUGCCCUCGGACUGUCAUACACAUGGAUACGGCAGGCGGUCAAUUUUGUUCAGAGUGGUGCCCGUAACGCUGUUCAACGGUAACCGUCGCCUAAACACAUACGCCUUCUUCGACGAAGGCUCAUCUUUGACUUUGAUUGAAUCAGGAAUUACCAACAGCCUUGGAGUCGAAGGAACCCCCGAGCCGCUACAACUGAAAUGGACAACGAGCGUUGUUCGGAACGAAAAUUCGUCGAAGCGUGUUAAUAUCCAGAUUGCUGGACGUGAUCUUCGAAAUCGCUACACAUUAAAAGCAGCCCAUACUGUGGAUGAACUAAAACUUCCAGGACAAAGCCUGUCUGUCGACGAACUAACAGCACGUUACGAGCACCUACGAAAUGUGCCAGUUCAGUCGUACUCAGAAGCUGUGCCAAGAGUUCUCGUGGGACUGGACAAUAUAGAUUUAUUUGCUCCUCUAGAGUGUCAAAAGGGUCAAUCUGGUGACCCUAUUGCGGUGAGGUCGCUUCUUGGUUGGGCAAUAUAUGGGCCAAGUGAAACUAAUACGUCGAUGGAGAAAUUCCUAAAUGUGCACUCGUGUGAAUGCAAAACGGAUACCAAGUUGAAUGAGAUGAUUCGUCAACAGUUCGUGCUGGAUGAAGCAAUUGCUCCUGGGUUUGCGUUACCGGAAUCUGCUGAAAACAAACGAGCUCGUGAGCUACUGGAGAAAACGACGGUCUGGCAGGAUGGGAGGUAUGAAACCAGUCUUUUGUGGAAAACUGAUGACGUCAACCUGCCAAAUAGUCUACCAAUGGCGACGCGAAGGCUGAAAUGCUUGGAAGCAAAGCUAUCCAAGGACCCCGAGCUACGCGAAAAUGUCCACCAACAGAUCCAAGAGUACGUGCGUAAGGAAUACACCCAUAAAGCUUCCACUCAGGAACUAAAUGAAGCAGACAGUCGGCGCGUAUGGUAUUUGCCGCUCAACGUAGUGUUACAUCCGAGGAAGCCGGGAAAGAAGCGACUUGUUUGGGACGCAGCGGCACAGGUCGAGGGAGUAUCACUCAAUUCUCAGUUAUUGAAAGGCCCCGAUCAACUCGUAUCACUUCCCUCGGUAAUCUGCAAAUUCAGAGAACGACAAAUCGGGUUCGGAGGCGACAUAAGGGAAAUGUUUCACCAAAUCCGAAUCAGGUCGGUGGACAAACAUUCCCAACGAUUCCUUUUCCGAUUCGAUACCACCCUGCCACCUGACGUAUAUCUAAUGGAUGUGGCGACCUUUGGCGCAACGUGCUCUCCUUGCUCGGCACAGUACGUUCUACGAAAGAAUGCUGAUCGGUUUGCAGAGGAAUAUCCUGACGCGGUCGCAGCAGUGAAGUCUAAAAUGUAUAUGGACGAUUACUACGACAGCACCGAUACCGCGGAAGAAGCAGGCGAGCGAGCUCUACAAGUUAAAAAUAUUCAUUUAAGCGCGGGUUUCGACAUGCGGAAUUGGGUGAGUAAUUCAUCUGAUGUGCUGCUGAGACUUGGUGAGCCUGUGGCCCAAACUCCUCGAGAAUUUGGCUGCGAAGAAGAAAUAAAGUGGAAACAAGUACUGGGAAUAACGUGGGAUCCAAUCCGCGAUGUACUCUCGUUUUCCACAAACCUUCGAGCGGAACUGAUACCAUAUGUUAUCGGAAAGCAGCGCCCAACAAAGCGGAUGGCUCUCCGCAUCAUCAUGAGUUUGUUUGAUCCAUUGGGGUUGCUCGCGCCUUUCACUAUUCACGGUAGGAUGCUAGUGCAAGAUCUCUGGCGGAGUGGGCUACAGUGGGACGAAGAGAUGCGAAACGAGGAUUUCGAGAAAUGGGUGCGCUGGACAAAUUUGUUUCCCAAUAUCAGUGAGUUGCAGAUCCCUCGAUGUUAUUUCAAUGGUGCGCGACCCACGACUUACAAGAAGGUGCAACUGCACGUGUUUACCGAUGCGAGCGACAGAGGCUACGGUUGUGCUGCAUAUUUUCGCUGUGAAGAUGGAGAGGAGGUCCGAUGUGCUCUGGUGAUGUCGAAGGCCAAGGUGACUCCACUCAAGCAUCUAUCAAUUCCACGAAUGGAGCUGGAGGGAGCAGUUUUGGGCGCAAGGCUUCUUUAAAAUGUUCGUACCAGCCAUUCGUACGAGAUCGGAGAAUGCUUUUUAUGGACAGAUUCUGCCACUGUGCUUGCCUGGAUACGUUCGGACCACAGGAAGUACAGUUUGUGGCUCAUCGUAUCGGCGAGAUUUUGUCACUCACGCAGCCUGAAUCGUGGUACUGGGUUCCUUCGAAAGCCAAUAUUACCGAUAGUCUCACCAAAUGGGGCAGAAACACUGAACUGGAUUCUAAUAAUGACUGGUUCACGGGACCUUCCUUCCUGUAUCUCCCACAGGGCCAAUGGCCUCGUCAGCGGGAAGUUGUUGAAAACGUCCAAGACAACUUCCCGCUCGUUCCUGUUAUCAGUUACAUCAUAUUUCGCUACCGAUAGGAAUCGUCGACGUUAAUAGGAUUUCGAGAUGGAACGUUCUGCUACGAACGAUGGCAUGCGUGUACAGAUUUAUGAACAACUGUCGGCGGCGAAUCAAAGGGCUGCCAAUAGAAGCACUAGAGGCAACGGAACAGCAGAAACGAUGGCUCAAACGUGUUGUUCCUAUGGUAAAAAUUCCGCUUAAGCAAGAAGAGUUUACACGUGCUGAACAGUGGCUCUGGCAGAUCGCUCAAGGCGAUUGUUACCCGGACGAAGUGAAAACACUACUGCAAAACCGAGAUGCACCGAUAGAGAUGAGAUGCUGCGUCGAUAAGAGCAGUUCGUUAUACAAGAUGUCCGCAUUCGCAGAUGAGUUUGGAGUCCUGCGUGUCGAAGGGAGAACCGAAGCUGCUACGUUCGCACCGUUUGAUGCGCGUUUUCCAAUAAUACUACCCAGGAAUCAUCCGAUCACGUUCAGACUCCUCGACCACUAUCAUUGUCGUUUUGGACAUGCGAGUAGGGAGACGGUUGUCAAC